AUGGAAAAUUCCAAAGAACAAGCUAGUUGGAAUGAGAAUUUAGUUGAAGUUUUUGUUGACUUGUGUAUCAAGGAGAAAACAAAGGAAUAUGCAAGGUUUAGAAAAAAAGGAAUAUCACCCGAGUUGGAUCAGCUGUUCUUAGGUACUACAGCCACUGGAAAGCAUGCAUGGGCACCAUCUUCUACACUUCCUAUCCCAGAUAGUCCAAAGGAAGGUGAUAAUGAUAACUACCAUGAAGGUAGUGGUGACUCUAAUGAGAGAGAUGUAUCCACCAACACUUUUCCUAAGAGGAAAAGAAGUGAGAGAUCUUUGAAAUAUAAGGAAAAACUUCCUGCAAAGAAGGAGAAGGUUGGGGGUGCUGUUCAGUUGGCCAAAGAAAUUGGCAGAAUGUGUUCGGCAAUUGAAAGUAGAAGUACUGCAUCUUCAACGGUGCAUAAUGUCCGCACUAGUAUUGUUGAAGUGAUGAAAGAUGUAACUACAUUGCCUGGAGCUGAGUAG